AUGGCAGCCGUUAUGGCAAAGUUGCAAAACGUCACUGUACAUAUUGGUGAGAUCACUUGUGGUGGAGAGGAUUACCUUGAAAAUGGAAAACUUCAAAUCUGGGAUAAGGACAAACUCAAGAAGGAUGACUUGCUUGGAGAGAUGUUUUUCAAUAUCACACAUCCACCUCAAAACAUUUCUUUUGUUGCGAUGGAGAAGGAAUUCUUCACCAUCUCACCUUAUCUCAUUAUUCAACAUUCAUGCAAUGGUAGUUGCGUCCGCUCGCAGCUAAACAUUCCAAGCGAGUAUGUGGGCAAGGUCUACGAGAAGAAACGUAUCGAUCUUAAUUCCACUUUUGAUGAGAUCAAACCUUGCUAG